GUCAGUGCAUUCACAAUGGGGAAUUGGGUGGUGCUGGCUCUGUGGCUGUCCUGGGUUACUUAUCUUGCAGCCCAAAGUGCUCCCCCGGACACAGUGUUCUAUCAGUGCAACAGGACGUCUAUUAGUGUGGCUGUUAAAAGUGAUCCGUAUAAAAACAAAAUCCUGUUAGACCCUGGCAGUCUUACCUUGGGGAGAUGUCCUGUCUCCAGUACCACCGCACUAAAGAACUUCCUGGUGUUUGAGUACGGCCUCUAUGACUGUGGGUUCUCCAGAAUAGUCUCUGGGAAUGUUGUGAAGUUCUUUACAGACUUGGUUUACAAACCUAAUCCGGCCGCUAAUGUGUUUCCUCAGCCUUUUCGACAGCGGAUAAAUUGCGUAUCAAACAUAUCAAUGAACCCUACACCCCUUGAAUCUACAGUGGAGGUGCAGUUAUCUGGAACAAGUCACCUGGACUUUUCAUUUCUUUUCAUGAAUAGUGACUUCACGGCACCUUCAAAUGUAAAAGAUUUCUUUCUUGGCUCUCCAAUUUUCUUGGCUAUAUCUGCUGCAAUGGGAAACCAUCAGUCUAUGCAAUUGUUUGUGGAUGAAUGCAUUGUGGCUCCUACGGACGACCUUAGCAAUUCGGCACAGCGCUAUGUCUUAAUAAACAACCAUGGAUGUCUUAUUGAUGGUAAAGUAGCUGCUUCACGUUUUGUGGAACCUCUUCAGCUGGAUACUGUAAAGCUUACUUUUCCAGCUAUGAAAUUUGUAGGCACCAAUGGUUUGAUCUACCUCCACUUUAAGUUAAUGGUUUGGGAUCCUAGAGCUACAAAUGGACUGAAGAUGUGCUCCUAUCUAAGCGACGUUAACAGGUGGCAGCUUCUAGGCAAUCCUCGAAGUGAUCUCUGCAGCUGCUGUGAGUCAGUCUGUAGCCUAUCUUUCAGAAGGAGGAGAGAUGCUGAUGACAAAAGCGGUCCUGGCAUUAUUCAUACAAUGGUUUUAGGGCCAUUCAAAAUUCGCAGUCCAAAUGCUAGCAAUGAUUCCAAGGCACUGAACACUAGAUCAGACUUCCCGAUACCGCCUGCCGUUGGAGCACUUUUCCUAGAGCUUGCAGUUCUUCUGCUGUUGUCUUUGGGUGUUGCGGUGUAUGGCCGUGCUGCGAACCAGGACAGUAAAGAGCUUGAGAAGAGAUUACUACUUACUCAUGAAACCUGAAAGUUUUUUAAAUAAACUAUUCUGC